UGUUGAAAUUCCUCAACUUCAUUAUUUCACAUCAACUUCAUAUCAAAGUUCCAUUCAAGGUAAAAUAAUGGCUACACAACAGAAGCGCUCAUCAGAAAACUACACCACACCACAGUUUGGCAAUACAUUGAAGUCAAGGUUGUCACAGAGGUUCACUCCAAAGAGGUUUACCCCUUACGGGAGAACCCCACAGAGUCGGAGGAUUGCAACAGUAUUACCAUCCACUCAAGGCAAAAGGAAAACAGUCAGAGCAAAAUCAAAAACCCAAUCUGAGAGUGUUGCUGAAUCGGGAGAGUUCAAAGGGUUCACCAACAAAACAUGGAGAGUGUUCAAGUUAUCUCCCCUGUACAAGUUCAGCAGCUCCUCAAAAGAUCUUAAGCGAUAUGGCCAGCUUUUGUCUUCCUGUGUAGAAGCGGCCAGUCAGAAGGGGAUGUUUGUGGAGAACAAUAUCUCUGGAAAGGCACUGUUCUGUAUCCAAGACGGACUGAAAAAGAGUGAAUAUGACCCUGAUGCUGUACAAAUUUUGAUAAAAGGAAAGAGGAGUGCAGGUACUACAGACACCGUCCUGCUGACAGCCACACUCUGUGGGGUGGAGAUGGAGGGGGAACAGCUGGGUCCAGAUGUGAAGGACCAUUUUACAUACUACCCUGUACUCCUUGUGAAAUCUACUGUAGCCCUCACUGAUGUCCUUAUCACCUGGCUCCAGAUGCAUUUUGACUGCAAAGUUACCCCAAUGGUUUUUCCUCCUGUACAUCUUGCCUGGAUGAUUGGUAUGUGGAGUGGAGCUCUGGCAAAUACAAGUCGUAAGAAGAAGCCUGUAGAACUUGUCUAUCAGGUGCCUAGUGAAUGUGAGGGAAUCAAGAAAGUCACAUACACCAUAGAAGCAGAAGAUUGUCUUAAAGUUUGGAACAGCAUUCAUGAUCACAGAUCAGAUAUGUUCACAGAAGAGGAGAUGACAACUUUCCUUUCGUGUCUAGAGGAACAUUUUUAUUCGCUUUUUAGAAUAAAGCUAAAUGCAAUGCAGUUGUCAUGUGUUGGUACUUCCUUAUGUUACAUUGGUAGAGAGGGUUUACUUAAGAUUUAUUCAGAAGAGCAUGUGAUUUCUAUUCUGAGACAUCUGACAGAAUUAUCUGUGGAACAUUUCACUCUUGUGUGACAAGCUUAUCAUAUGACAUUAUUUAUGUGCAAUAACUUU